CGAGAUGCAGCUGUCCCUUUCUACCAGCACCAUUCCAGUCACAGCGACACAUUGAGAUAUAGUAGCGCCGCAGACUUCAUUUCUCCUUCGUCGGCCCAGAAAGCAGCACCGUAUUUCUCUACCGUUCAACUCUAAUGGAAGUUAGUGCUCUUCACCCGCCGAAUAGUCAGCAACUUAGCGACAAUGUGAUCAGCGACGUCGUGCAGCAACGCUCUAAAAGAUCACGGUGUGUAUACGUCGGUAUUAACGGCAUCAUGGCCAUGGACACCGUUCCUCCGCCAUUGCAGCGUCCUCGACUAGAGCAAUGGCACACCCAGACUCAUGAAUGUGAAGAAACGGGAAUACCUUCAAGAAACAUUGCAGCAGGACGUUGGGGGAAGCACCAAGAUACCAAUGACAUGCUUUCUGCACUGAAGGAGAAGCUUCAUAGGCCGGAUACUAGCGCGCUUGCUGAGUCAAUGGCACAUGAUGGCCAACUCAAAGUCAUGGUCGACUUGAUCAUCGCCGACAAAUUGCGUCUACGGGAACUGCGUCGAGUGAGGCAAAUUCGAUACAGGAAGAAGAAAGACGACUACGCCAACAGCCUCGACGAACGCAACAAGAAACUCCGAGUGGAGAUCGAGGAGCUUACGGAACGUCGUCGUGCUGUGCUUACAGCGGCUCCGGCUAAGGAAAGCGGUUGGAGCGUAGCCGUCGAGUACUUUCGACUGUUCCAGUUCGGUAUGAAGCCCUUACUGGCUAUUGUACAUGUAUUGCUCUCGCGCACAGCUGAACCUGCAAAACACCGUAGUUAUCCACGUCUUCGAGAUUUUUCUGCAUUACACUGAAUUUGUACAGUGAACCUCGCAAUUCGCGGUGUUAUCUGUCAUCCCAUCCGCUGAACACGUCUGGGCAUUAGUAUCCGGAUACCAAGGGAGCCACAAUCUCUUUUACUAGUACCAAAUUCCUUUGCUUCGUCCAAAUCAGACACAUAGACACUACGCAAGACCGAUUUGAGGUUCUUCAUUUCUCCGAUAUCACUCAAAGAAGAACGUGCCGGGCAUUUUUCAUCAAUGAACGACUGUGUCCUUCAGCCUACUUACUUAACGACACUGUGAUCUGAGGAAUCGUCGAGCGAGCCAGAACUCUGCAAUGAUCCUACACGCCCCAGAUCUCGGAGGAAGCGAGACCUCGACGUUCUUAUUCCUCAUAUCUAAGACAAUGGUCACGUGCGUAAGGAGAGACAGGACUCAUUUCAAGGAUACCCUGGGAAACGCACCGAGAAACAACAUCAUCGCUUACAAGAGCGCCAAUACUUCAGAUAAAUGACUACUAAUUCUUUGCUAUGGCGGAGCUUGCAAUCUUGGAGAAAUUACGACUGCGAGAGCUAUACCGACUGCACCAUUCGAUAUUUGAAAAACAUUAUGCUCAUUCUUAAUGAGGAGGCUGGUAAACUAAGAUCGAUGGACUUGAGCAGCGCCAACAUUCUGUGACGACCCAGAUUCGUGGAGUAGUAGCCGAAUAUGCAAAGUCUUGUGAGUCUUGCGUUCGAAGAUGAAUCACUACCACAACCCGAUAUCCAAUGAGGACUCGAACGUCAUUUACACCAAUGUAGCAUUUAACGUUUCAUACGGCGUGGACAAGAUGAUACUUACAAUACUGGAAGCAGAUUACUCAAGUGUCGAAGGGGACCUUUAAUCGCUACAACGGCAACUAAUCUUUCCAUCUCACAGGAAACAAAUUGUGAUGUCUUUCUUCUCUUCACCAGCGGGUCAGAUACUCGUGGCAAUUUAGUCGAUGAACAGCUCGACCAAACGCUUGUCGUGCGUGGUAGAGCAUUUAAAAGAAGUGACCCUGCCACCGGAUUGCAAGAGUCAUGAGUCAGUCGGACGUGUUGACCGAUGCUACGUAUACUCGGGUAUCUGGUUGACGCAGCUAGAGCAUUUCAAAGAGCCUCCGUGGCACCGAACUUCUUAACUGUGACCACAUAAUGUAAAUCCACUCUGUGUAAAAGUUGCUCACGGUGAUGAACUCCAAACGUCGCUAUUCUCACACAAACCACUUGGUUAGAUCUACAUUUAUUAGCAUUCGUUCUGUUUCGAAAUGAUGCAUGUAUCCGACGAAAAUUAUCGA